GUCGUGCCCGGGAUGGGCUGUGUGCACUGCAAAGAGAAGCGGAACAGCAAAGGGCAAGCGGGGGGUGAGCUGGGCCCCCCCCAGCCCCCUGUGUCCCAGUAUGACCCCGACCCCACGCAGCCGGGUGCCAUCUUCCCCCGCAUCCCUGCCUUCCUGCAACACCUUCCACGCCCCGGCGAUCCCUGCGGCUCCAUCCUUGGCGGAGGUGUGACACUCUUCAUCGCCCUGUACGACUACGAGGCCAGGACGGAGGAUGACCUGACCUUCCAGAAAGGGGAGAAAUUCCACAUCAUCAACAACACGGAGGGUGACUGGUGGGAGGCCAGGUCACUGAGCUCGGGCACCACCGGCUACAUCCCCAGCAACUACGUGGCCCCAGUGGACUCUAUCCAGGCAGAAGAGUGGUACUUUGGGAAGAUCGGGCGCAAGGAUGCAGAGCGGCAGCUCCUGUGUCACAGCAACUGCAGGGGCACCUUCCUCAUCCGGGAGAGUGAGACAACCAAAGGUGCCUAUUCCCUCUCCAUCCGGGACUGGGAUGAGGCCAAAGGAGACCACGUGAAGCACUAUAAGAUCCGGAAACUUGACAACGGGGGCUACUACAUCACCACCCGCGCCCAGUUCGACACCGUCCAGCAGCUGGUCCAGCACUAUAUAG